AUUUCUUUUUCUGUAAUUAAUCGCUUUUCAACAGUUUUACAAACUCCACACACGCAGGCAGAGAGUCGAUGACGGGAACGACGAUGCCGCCGGUGUCUGCGGGGCCAAGCCUGACGGUAGGGUCAGGGCAGGCUGUGGGGCCGGGGAAGAAGACGUCGGCGUCGUUCGCGAACUUUUUCAGAGUAGCUGCUGUAGCCGAGCGAUUGGCCACACAUCUCCAACCUGGCAGCGCUAGCAACCCCACUGAAUUCUUUGGUCUCUGCCUCUCUCUUGCUAGAGGCAUUGAUUAUGCAGUUGCAAACAACGAGGUUCCACCCAAAGCUCAAGAUUUACCUUUAUUAUUGAAACAGGUUUGCUUACGUAAAAAUGAUCUCUUCUUACAAGCAGCUAUCAUGGUUCUUAUGAUUUCUGUCAAGAACGCUUGUAAGAUUGGAUGGUUUUCAGAUAAGGACUCUCAAGAACUGUUCACUUUUGCUAAUGAGAUCGGAAACAGUUUUUGUAGUCCAGGAGAUGUUAAUACUGUACUGAGUGAUUCUCUUUCCAUUAUCUCGACAGUUAUGUCCAGAUUCUAUCCAUUGAUGAAAAUGGGGCAGAUACUUACUUCUUUUGAAGUUAAGCCUGGAUAUGGAGCAUAUGUAAUUGAUUUUCACAUUUCAAAGAAUACAAAACACUCUCCACAGGAAAAAAUACGGUUGUUUGUCGUACAGAGAGAUAAUACAGAGACACCUGCUUGUAUUAUUAGUCCACAACAAGUGAAUUUUCUGUUAAAUGGAAAGGGAGUAGAGAGAAGAACUAACGUUUCAAUGGACACUGGACCACAGCUUCCAACAAAUGUGACAGCAAUGCUUAAAUAUGGAACAAAUCUUCUUCAAGCUGUUGGCCAGUUCAAUGGUCGUUAUAUCAUAGUUGUUGCGUUUAUGAGUAUGACACCACUGCCGGAGAUUCCUGUGCUACUAGAUUAUGUUCAGUCCGAUGUUGCUGCUCCCGAUCCAGAUUCUGAUAUAAUUGAGGGGCCAUCACGUGUAUCACUUAAUUGCCCCAUAAGCUAUACGCGAAUCAGAACUCCUGUCAAAGGACAUACAUGCAAACAUCUUCAGUGUUGUGAUUUUAGUAACUUUGUUGAUAUAAAUUCAAGAAGGCCAUCUUGGCGUUGCCCACAUUGUAAUCAGCAUGUCUGCUACACAGAUAUUCGUGUUGAUCAGAACAUGGUUAAGGUUCUGAAAGAAGUGGCAGAGAAUGUUGUUGACGUGAUCAUCUCUGCUGAUGGGUCAUGGCAGGCUAUCAUGGAAAGUGAUGACAAUGCAGAUAAGACAUGCGAAGAGACUGUUAAUUGCCAGAAAGAAACACCUGGACAGCAAGGACCUGCUACUUCCUUAGUUGACCUUUCCAUUGUUAUGGAUCUUACAGAGGAUGACAAUAGGAUGGAUGUCAUAAGCACAAGUGAUGUUGAUGAUGAGAAACCUUCUCAGGCUACUCUUCUAAGUCAAUCUGUUGCCACUAACUUAACCAUGCCAAAUGCGGUUGACCAAAAUGUUGCUAGUCGACUAGAGGAUGACUUUUGGUCUGAUGUUUACUUAAAUCAUGGAUCUGGGACUUCCAAUAAUGGGAUGCAAAUGAUUCAUGGCACCUCUGGGAUAACUGAUGCCAUUUCUCCUGUUCUUAACCGUGAUGCUAUGGUGCAAGGGAAUAAUAACUUCACUUCUUUAUUGCAAAAUCAAAUUUCUGCUUCUGGGAAUUUGCAACAGUCACAACUUGUGAAUGCAGCUGUAAACAAUGAGUAUGGGAGGUUGACGCAGAUACCCAGACAUGUGAACAGAAAUCCUAUAGCAGUUCAGGCCCUCCCAGUUCAAUCUCAAACAUCAAUUCGACAACAAAGACCAAGAACUAAUUUGAAUAGUGCAAUUCCUAAUGGGUCCUCUAUUGCUUCUCAGGCUGCCCUGCCAAUAACACCAACUUCAAAUGGUUUCAAUAUGGGUUCCAAUCAUAUGAUGGACAGGCAGCAGCAACAUCUGAGAUCCCGUACAAAUCCACAUCAAGUGUUGGAUAGGACUCCACCCUCAUUGCAGCAUCAGUCAACAGCACAGAACCCGAAUCAUCCAGAUCUAUCAUUUAAUAUGGGACAAUCAGUCCAACAGGCUGCUGGUGUUUCAACUUCUAGUCAACGCCCAGGUGCUAUUGGAGCAUCUUCUGGGUUUCGGAAUGAAUCUCAGAAUUUACAUCAGCAGCAAGCUCUUAGGAUGCCCCAAUCCAGGAGUCCGUCUCCAAGUGUAGGUCGAUCAUCUCCAGCUCUUCCACUGAGUCAGACCCAGCAAGGGGUUGCACAAGUUGGGGCUGGCAAUACUGCAGGUUUUCCAAAUAGCCAACAUACUAGGUUUACAACUGCUGCCCAACUAGCAGUCCAGAUGGCUAGACAGCCACCAUCAGUGCCAGUUCAAAUUCCAACUUCCAGAGGGAUCUCAUACUCGAAUACUGAUGGGACUAGGGCACCAACAAUGGUGCAGAGAGGAAAUGUAGGAGCAGCAGCACAAGUGAAUACUGGAACUGAUGGUGUUGUGAAUUUAUCAUCAGAGCAGAAUUGGCGGCCAACAGGACGAAUGCGUGGAAGCUUAUCUGGUCAGGCAGCUGCCGCUUAUGGUGACUUGAUAAUUCAGCCUACUCAACCAGCUUCAGGUCCAGCUCCACCACCUUCAGUGACCUCAUCGCUACCUAGUUUUCCACCCCCUAUACAGGCGUUUCUUGCUAACAGCAGGAAUUUUUAUGUUCCUCAGACCCAGAGUAACACUCAACCUGCAAGUGUGAAUGGGAAUUCUGGUACUCUGCCAUGAUUGCUAUAUUUUAAUGGAUUUAUAGAAUGGCCAGUUUUGCAUCAGACGUCACCUAUAAAUUUUUUAAGUAGGUUGUUAUCUUUGUACAUUUGAUGUAGUUAGGGUCACAUCUUUUGGUUUGAAGUUUCCUGUGGUAGUUUGAAAUGCAUCUGAUUUGAGCAUUUAUGUUCAAAAGAUGCAAAUUCAAUAGCAGACUGGUUAGGAAAGUUUGCUUUAUCCAACUUUGUUGUAGUUUUAUCUGGGUUUUACCCACCACUUCUCGCCCCUCUGAGCAUUUGCUUUGUGAUGUGAGAUUUUAUUUUGUAA